AUGGCACCUCUGGAAGGGCUAUCGGAUGCCCAUGCGAUAUUACUUGCGACUCGAUUUUGCGCCGAAGGCAAUGUCGCUGCCUUGCCUGCUCUGCAAGCGCAAUACCCCCAUUGUUUUCCGCUCGAACGCCUCCUACGCAUCAUCUUGACCUUCCUCCCCGAAAGUACAGAACCCUCAGACUACAUUCCGGUGCUACAGGAGCUAGUUAGUGGAAAUUCGACAGACCGAGACAUCGACGCAUCUGCCGUCCAGGACUUAUCUGAAUCGGCGGCGAGGAAACGUGUGCGCAAGCUUCGUUUACGGUCCCUCAAGCGCGAAGACGAGGAGGAGGAAGUGCUGUCUUCCGAUCCAUUGACCCAAUUCCUGAUUCACCGGGCACACCUGAUCGACUCUGAAACGGCUCUCCAGCCCCUUAUUCUCAGCCUGGUCCUACCCUUUCACGAGAACAACCCCACCGUUCGGACAUGGCUAGUCUCGAGUCUUCUGCCCGCCCUCCGACUCAAUUAUGAAUAUUAUCCGAACCGCGAAGAGACAAUCUCACUAGAUACAUUGGAGUUGAUGGAUGAUCAGACCGCGGUCAAUGUUCUGUUGUCUAUUAGCGGUCCCGAGAACAACAGCAUGGAUCUGAUCAACAACUUGAGGGGACUGGUUGGUCCCUGGCUAUAUGGAAGCGAUCGGUCAAAGCGGCGGAGAUUGAAUGAUGCGGCCCAUCGGAAUUCAGUUUCCUUCCUCCAGGGUACGUCGAAGCCCGAGACUUCAGAACCAGCGGGAUGGGAUUACGUCAAUGAAUGGCUACUGUCACGCAGCUUUGUGGACCGUGAGAAUGUCAUCAGUGCUUUCAGCAUCUGGAAUGGGCCUCAAGAUGUGGAUAUGGGAGGGUAUGAGGACAAAGAUGCAGCACUGGCGUCUGACAAAGCCACGGAACUGUUGAACCGCUACGGCCAAUCUGGAUUGGCUGUGGUGUACGGUCAUGCAGAUUCAUCCAAGGCUGCGCUUGAGGGAUCAUUGAAGGUGCUGGAGCGCGUCGCAAAGCUGCUUAAUCUCGAAGAAUGCUUAUAUCUGGGCGCCCCCGAGUCAGCUCUCCCAUCCGUGGACUACGAUUCAGAGCUACUGUCUUCAACAACAAGGGCCUCGCUCAUGCAAAACUCUCUUUUGAGCUUCGACAAUCCUUUGACGCGACCAUCGCCUUCUUCAAUCUCCCUUUUGAGCGCACUACUCUUGUCUCUCCGCAUUUUGACCGGGCUUGGCCAUAAUGUUCCCUGCCGGGCCGUGGCCAACAUGUGCCUCUAUAGCAGCGAGAAGCUACAAAUGGCGGAAUUGAAGAGUGUCGUGAACUCGACUGUGAAGCAACAUCGGUCAAGUCGGGAAUGGCGGAUUGUUCGAGAUCAGUUUCUCUGGCUUCGAGAUUGGCAAUGGGACGAGUCUGACAAUGGCUGGGACGAGCCCUCGACCCACCAGGGUCUUUUCUGGAGAAUCUCUCGGGAUACGGUUGAAGCGGAAAUUCUCAAGGCGUUGCUCGGUGCCAGAGAAUAUCAAUUAGCUAUCGAGAUCUAUACUCAGUCGGCCUCUGCACCGCUGAAAUCUACGCAAGUGGAAGAAGCCGUGGUCGAAUCUAUUUACAGUGCCUACGACAAUGCAAGCAAUGGCAACCGAACCCGUGGCGGAAUGAAACGAGCACAUGAGACCCUCCAAGCAUUCCAACCGCACUUCUCAGAGUCAACUGCGCUCAAACAAAUCAGCGCCCUGAUAUCUGCGACUCAUGCACUAUCAUUUUAUUCUCUAACCCUCCAACACGGCGUCCCCUUCCAACCCGUCAGCAUCCGCGUCCACCACGACCCCCUCUCCCUGGUCGAGAAAGUCCUCGACCAAAACGCCAAAAGCUACACCAAACUCGACGACCUCCUCUCCAUCGGCCGCAACCUCGUCUCUGCAGGUCUCUCCACAUCCCCGGAAACCUCAGAACCCCUCAGCGAAGCCGACGCCCUCGUCACAGCCGAACGCCGCAUCACUUCUCUCGCCAUCUCCUCCGCCCUAACCUCCAACGACUUCGGCACUGCCUACUCCUACAUCCUCACCCGCCUAACCCCCAACACCCUGAACACCUCAACCCUCCCCGACGACAUAACAUGGCGCGCCGUCUACAACGCAGGCCGCUACCGCUCCAACCAACAAAACACCCCCUUAACAACGCAAAUAACCCACCUCUCCCAACGAAUGGAACUCCUCUCCCUCUCCCUAACUCUAACACCGACCCCGGACCCCCUCCCCGAAAUCCUCGGCGCCUGGCGCCGAGCCGACGAAGAACUCUCUUCCCUACGCGCCCGCGAACAAUCAGAAGAAGAUGCCUGGGACUCAAAGGGUGAUAAACUCUCAACUGUACCAGGCGGCUUUGGACCGAGUGACUUUGAGCGCGACGCUUUCGAAACGGCGCAGCAGAGGAGUGCAAGACGUGCGCGUGCGCGUGCUCUCCCUCAUGCCCAUCCUGAGGCGCCGAUGGGUCUUUUUGAGGUCGCACGUGGUGCGGCGAUGGCGUUGCAUAAGAAUGCGUUUCCCUUGCGCGGCACUGGGACACAGGCUGGUUCGACUAGAGCUGGAGUAGAGGGUUCGGGUUCGGGUGAUGAAAGACCUCUUUCCCCGGAGGGCGAGGGGAGGGUUAGGAAGAGGGAUAUGGUUAGUAAUAUGGUUACUGGAGGGUUGGCAAGUGGGAUUGGAUGGGUUCUGGGGGCGGAGCCGGUUAAUCGGUGA